UGACGCCAGAGGCUGAGCCCUUCCCGCCCUGACUCCUUCCCACGAGGCUGGCGGCGGCCGUUGGCGCGAUGCGGCGCCGCGCCGGCCUCGCUGGCGCCGCGCAGAAGGCUGACACCAAAGAGGAAUUUGUUAAAGUUAAAAGGAGGGAUUUGGAAAGGCUGACAACUGAGGUUAUGCAAUUGCGGGAUUUCUUACCCAAAAUAGUAAAUGGGGAUAUCCUGGGGACGUUGCAGAAACUGGAUGCUAUUGAAUCAAACAUGGAGAAAAAGGAGGAGGAAAUAGAGCAGCUGAAAAUGGAUUGUGAACACUUCAGAGCCCGUCUGGAAACAGCCCAGGCAGAUUGCAUGAGGGAGAAGAAGGAGAAACUAGACCUUCGCCAGCAGCUGAAUGAGGCCAAGCAGCAGCUCCUGCAGCAAGCAGAGUAUUGCACAGAAAUGGGUGCAGCAGUGUGCACAUUGUUAUGGGGUGUAUCUAGCAAUGAGGAAGCUGUUAAAACCAUUUUAGGAGGAAGUAAAGCAGUAAAGUUUUUCACAAUCGCUGCACAGACCAUGGAGAGCUUUGUGAAGUCAUUAAGUGAAGACAUGAAACAGCAGGAUCUGGAUUCUGAUGAAAAUCAGUUUGUAUUAGCUUUGGCAGGGAUUGUAACAAAUGUGGCUGCACUGGCAUGUGGCCGUGAGUUCUUGGUUAGUUCAAGUCGUGAAUUACUGGACACAAUGAUGCACCUCCUGGGAGACAUGAAGCCAGGACUCUGUACCAAGUUUAAAGUGCUAAUGCUAAUGUCACUUUACAAUGUGAGUAUCAACUUGAAAGGCUUGAAGUACAUCAGUGAAAGUCCAGGUUUUAUUCCUUUGCUUUGGUGGCUAUUGAAUGACCCGGAUACCGAAGUUUGUCUUCAUGCUCUGCGGCUCCUCCAGUCUGUGAUUCUGGAGCCAGAAGUAUUAGCCAAGUCAGCCUCUGAGAUGCGUGAUACUUUGCCAUUUCAGCGUAUCAUUGCGCUGUCAAAGAGCCGCAAUGCAGAACUGCAAGCACUUGCAAAAGAACUACUUGACGAUCUUAAAAUACUUGAUUAUGAAGCAUAGAAGAGCUCUAUGACACCAACUGCUUACGUCUUUCCUAUAUUUUUAUGCUGCAAGAGUUGUUGGAGUUGGGCUUGAUUGAAAAAACUCUGCCUAAGUUCCUCUGACAAAAUCUUUUUCACGAAUUAGGUAACCCAACUAAAAUAACACGUGGGAAAAUGUGUUGGGUUUUAGUUGCCUAAAUAUAAUCUUAGGUGAUCUGGUAGAGAUGGGGCAGACUUAAUUUCUUUGAGUAGGAUUUUGUUGAUAAUGGGUUUCCAAAAUGAUCCAGGUUAUGUUGUCUAUUUACCGUAUAUAGAGGGAGUAAAGUAGUCAUCUCAUUCAUUGAUAAUAUAUAGUUUAUUGCAGUAGUAAAUAAUCCUUUUGGUCCAUCCUUAAGAAUUAUUGUACUGUGAGGAAAACUUUGUUGCUUUUCCUAACUCUUCUGUGUCAGAAUGCAUCCCGAGUUCCAGUUUUAUUGUUGCUGUUUCUCACCUCUCUUUUUCUAUUCUAAUAAAAGAAAACUUAAAUUCUGUA